AUGGAGAGUGCUGCCUUCCACAGAAACUCUUCAUCAUCUAACAGCUCAGCCAACACGGAGCUCUUGUCCCGGACUGGUUACACAAUUCUGGCCGUUAUCAUGGGUGUGUUCUCUGCGGCAGGGAUCAUCCUCAAUGUCGUGGUGAUUGUGGUGACGGUGAAGCACAGACAGCUGAGGCAGCCACUCAGCUAUGCCCUGGUUAACCUAGCUGUUUGUGACCUGGGCUGUGCUGUGUUUGGAGGCCUGCCCACCACAGUAACCAGCGCCAUGGGAUACUUCAACCUGGGACGUGUGGGCUGUGUGUUAGAAGCCUUUGCUGUUUCCUUUUUCGGUAUAGCAAGUCUGUGCACAGUAGCAGUCAUUUCUGUUGAACGCUACGUAGUGGUGUGUUAUCCCAUGGGUGCGGUCCUCUUCCAGACCAGGCAUGCAGUUGCUGGAGUGGUACUGUCCUGGGUGUGGUCAUUUGUGUGGAGCACUCCACCUCUGUUCGGGUGGGGAACUUUUGAGUUGGAGGGCGUCAAAACCUCCUGUGCUCCUAAAUGGCAUAGCUGUGAUGUUGGGGACAUGUCCUACAUGAUAAUAUUCUUCUUCCUUUGCUUUGCCUUGCCCUUUUCUGUCGUCAUGGUUUCUUACUCGCGGCUUUUAUGGACUCUCCGCCAGGUAACCAAGCUGCAGGUAUCUGAAACAGGAAGCACAAGUCAUGUAGAGGUGCAGGUGGCACGCAUGAUAGUAGUGAUGGUGCUGGCCUUCCUAGUCACCUGGCUGCCAUAUGCUGCGCUUGCACUUGCUGUCAUGAUAGACUCCAGUCUAUAUGUUGACCCUGUCAUCGCUACCAUUCCUGUGUACUUUGCAAAAAGCAGCACUGUCUACAACCCCAUCAUAUACAUUUUCAUGAACAGACAGUUUCGAGGCUACACUGUUGCUGCGGUUCUGUGUGGAUGGGACCCCUGGUCCUCUGAGCCGCAAACAUCUGAGAACGAGACCACAGUUCCGUUUUUCAUCAAGACCCCCAAGAAAAUUGUGCCUAAAAAAUCUUUGGAAUAGAAAUGUGUAGAAAUUAUUAUAGUCUCACUGUUCUCAUUAUCAACCUCUGCAAUGUAGUGCAAGAUGGUUUUCACAAAUGUAAACAAAAUAUCAGAGAGUAAAAAUGAUGCAAUGAGCAAGAAGGUUGCACAAAUCUUAUGUAUUAAGGCAUAAAAAAUAACAGUAAUAAAAGCAGCAGUAAUAAUAAUAAUAAAAAAAAGAUUUCCCUGUUCAGGCAGGCUUCUUUCCUGUUGUCAUAACCUUUAAUGUAUUCAGACAACAGCACAACAUCUUUCUUGUCCUCUGUCAUUGAUAUUGUAGAUGCUGUCAUUGCUUUUUAU